UAUUUACUGCGGACUUGCGAUGCGUUGCGUUGCUCGGGCAACGAGUCAAAGAUGGACGCUACCUGUUGGUUCGUGUUGUUUUAGUAGAGGUUGCCCUUGCAUCAUCCUCCAAACAUGAUCCCGUUCGUUAUCUGCGUGCUGUUUUUCUGGACAGCUUUAAACUUUACGGACUAUGUCUUCAAGACUUGCAUGCUGUACCCGUACGUGAGCAUGCUGGAGCGAAGUGGCAUGAGCCUGAAGCUGCUUCGCGCCCAAUUCUACUUUACCCGGUUCAACCGAGUGGUGCAUCAAAUGGGACGGAAGAAACCGCGGUUUCUGUACUGGUGGUUUACCGUGGGCACGGUUGCCAGUAUCGGAUGCAUUGUGCCGGCUCUCUGGGUGCUCGUGAAAACUGCCUCCGGCAUGAUUCGAAGUGCCACCACCGGAACGCAGGAAGUCCAAGUGCUCGAGCCUUCUCUACCCGGUGUCAACCUUCCCUUGUCGGACAUAUUCUACUACAUCGCCACGUUAAUUGUGUGCAGCAUAUUCCACGAGUUUGGUCAUGCCUUGGCCGCUGUGAGGGAAAACGUGCGGAUCCAAGGGUGCGGUUUUUUCGUGCUCGGUAUAUUUCCUGGCGCGUUCGUCGACCUCCCGAAGGACCAAGUGUCAGUGCUGUCACCAUGGAGACAGUUGAAGAUAUACUGCGCCGGAGUGUGGCACAACAUCGUUGCAGCCUUGCUGGCGUUGCUGCUGCUCUUUGGCAACAAGUAUCUGUUGGCGCCAUUUUAUGCAGAGAACUCUGGUGUGUCCGUUAUCUCGGUGCUCAAGGAGUCUGGUGCCCACGGACCCGGUGGCUUACUGCCAGGAGACCAUGUUAUUGGAAUUGAUGGCUGCGACAUCCGGAAUAUAGAUUCCUGGAAGGCCUGCCUGGUCCAGACGGUACAGCUUCCCCAGCAGGGCUACUGCCAGAAAAAGUCCGUGGUCGAGUCUGAAGGCACGUGGACUCCAAAAGACUGUUGCCAUGGGCAGUCCAACAACAGUCUCUGCUUCGCUUACAUGGAACACGGAGAAAAAAAAAAUGUGUGCCUUCCAGCAAGGCGCACGCUGCAGACGUCGAUCAGGUACUGCAACUCGAGCUGUUCACGAGACGAGUACUGCUUGAAACCAAUACUGGACAACGGGACUAAGCUAGUAGAGGUCAAGAGAUCAAACUGGCAAACCAUGCUCUUUCUUGGGCCACCUUCGGAGCUUUGGCAUUCAGUUUCCGUCAUCAAGUGGGUCCCUCGGCAAUUCAACCUGUCUGUACUGCCAGUCCACGUCUACGAAGUGUUCCUGCAUUACAUACUGUCCUUCUCGGGAGCGCUGGCGUUGCUCAAUGUUGUUCCAUGCAUCGCGCUUGACGGACAGUGGAUAACUCAGGGGCUUGUUAAGCUCUUGGUGCAAUCAAUGCCUUGGCUUCGAUCCUCCAGAAAAGGAGUAUACCUCGUCAUCGUCUUGGGUGGCACAGUUCUACUGGCGUCCAACGUCGUCCUUGGCUUUUGGAAGCUCUUUGGCCAAAGAUAGCUUUUUUAAAGCCCUAGCUGGCUGUUUUGUACAUAGCACUCAUCAUGUAAAUACUGUAGGUAAUUCAUUCUUGAAAUUUCCCCCACACACAUUAAAAAUGCUUUU